AAAAAAGAAGAUAAAGAAAGAAAGACAAGCUCCUCAGAUAUUCAGUCAUGGAAAAUUCUUUCUCUUUCCCGGGAAAAUUCUGCUUAUAUUUUCUCUGAUGGGUUACUUGAAUUCUCUUCAGUUUUCUCGAGAAACAAUCAAAAGGGGGUACAUCGUUUGUUAAUCGCAAUUUCAUUUUCAUCAAAGAUCUUCCAAAAUCGAAGUUAGAUUAUCCUAAUUUAGUUCGUUUGGAAGAAACAAGUGUUUGGGGUUGGCAUUACAAAUUUAUUGGAAUGCAAAACUGAAAAACUUCACUUAGUGACUAAUAUUUCUGAGAAUUGGAGAGAAGAAAUGGAGAAAAUAUGCGAAUUCUGCACAGAAUCGAGGCCAGUGAUUUACUGCAAGGCCGACGCAGCCCACCUCUGCCUGUGCUGCGACGCGAAAGUCCACUCGGCCAACGCACUUUCAAGCCGGCAUUCGAGGACGAUACUAUGCGAUCCUUGCAGAUUCAGACCAGCUAAGGUUCAGUGGUUAGAUCACCAGAUGUUUGUUUGUGGGAUCUGCGAUGCCGCCGCACCCCAUGACCCCUCAUCUCCGAUUCAAAAGCGCGCCAUCGGAAGCUUCAUGGGGUCCCCUUCCGCUAAGGAUUUUGCAGCCUUGUGGGGUUUCAAAUUAAGUGGUGAUAAUCAGCUUUUUGUGCCAUCUUCAUCCUCUGGUGGUUCUGGUGACUCCAAUGUGGUGAAUUUGCUCACUGCUAAGCAUGAAGUUGGAGUAAGCAAUCAACGAGUUAUGGUGUGCAAAAUUUGGAUUGAACUCACUUGGUAUGUGAAUCUAACACUUUUUUUUUUUUUUGUUUAUCAGAAUCAGAGAAGCAUUAGUUUUAUUAUGCAUCAGAUUAUGGACUUGAAAAAGCUUCAGCUCACUCAAGGAGGUAACCCUUCACCUCAAGGCCAAGCACAAAGCAAUGUAGCUUCUUCAAUCCGUCAGUAUGCAAAGAAACAAAAUGAAAACCUUUCGAACCCUUCACUGAAUUCUCAAGAUAGUAGUAGUAGUCCAUUUACAGAGCUGAAAUGUGACCCUUUCCCGUGUCCAUUUUCUCAACCUGAUCAUUCUCCUUUAUCCUCAAAUGUUGGGCUUCCUUUGCAUGGAGAACCCUUGUGGCAAUGCAGAAGUCCAGUUCAGAGUAAUCAGUUAUGGUCCCAAAAUAUGCAAGACCUUGGAGUAUGUGAAGAACUUGUUUGGGAAGAUGAUUUCAAUAUUCCUGAUGUGGAUUUGACAUUCCGAAACUUUGAAGAACUUUUUGAUCAAGAUCCUAGCAGAGCAUUGCUUAACGAAAAAGAUGAAUCAUACUCUUCUAUAGACAAGGGUUUGUUUCUUGAUAAAUUUGAUGAUUCCCACUCAAGAAUAAUGGAGGAGGCUUCAGUGGAUUUCUUAGUUUUGGACUUGGAAAGAGACAUGGCAAGUCAUAACAAAGCUCAUGAUGAAGACAGCUCUGCUAAUCAGCCUAGCAUGAACUAUUAUAUGCCAUGCCCAAAUCGACCAUCUUAUUCAAGCAUGUCUCUUUCUGUUUCGAGGUUCAGUGCCGAUAGUGGCGGCGGUGGCGGUGGUGGCAGCGGCGGCAGCGGUAGCCGUGGUGAUUCAUUGGACAGUGGCCUUUCCCCUUACAUUAGAGGAGAGUCUUCCAUGAAUUAUCCUGAUUUUGAUUUUGAAGCUAGGGAAAAUGCCAAGAUGAGGUACAAAGAGAAGAAGAAGUCUCGAAUGCAUGAUAAGCAAAUUCGAUACCCAUCUCGAAAAGUAAAUGCUGAUGUGAGGAACAGGGUGAAAGGGCGUUUUGUGAAGAGACAAGGGUAUGACUCCAAUAGUGUCGACGUGGCACGAAGUUAUUAAGAAUUUGUUGUACACCAACUGUUCGUAGAAAUGCCUCUGUGAAUUAGUACUAGUCCAAAAUUAAUAUUGACCCAAGAAUUGUGUACUAGUCCCCAUGUUUAUAUUAUAUGAAAUCAAUAUUUGAUAUCCAUCCAAUUCAUGGAUGA